AUGACGGCAGCCGCGGAGACGAGCGAAAUAUACCCCAUUUCCGCAUUCAUACAUGAUCUGCCCGUCACUCUGAGUACCACGCUGGCUCGCGAAGCAGGAGCAGCAGCAGCAUCACCACCGGGUUCCAUCUCAGCGAGACGCCUCAUCAUCAUCGGGGAUGUUCACGGGCUACGGAAAUCGCUGGAAGCGCUCCUCACCGCAGUGGGGUUUGACAAAUCGCAGGGCGACGAGGUCAUUUUCGUAGGGGACCUGGUGAACAAGGGCCCCGACUCCGGGGCCGUGAUUGACUUUGCCGCGAGGAUUGGCGCGCGAGGCGUGAGGGGGAAUCAUGACGACGCCGUCCUGAGGGCUGCUCAGCGGCUGAAGAUGGGCCCAGCGGGCGAUGACGACGACGACGGCGAGGAUGGGAACCAGAAGGACAAGAAGAGGAGGAGCGUGAGCGCGCGUACCGCGGCGGCGCUGUCGGCCUCGCAGCUCGACUACCUCGCCGCGCUGCCUCUGCUGCUGCGCGUCACGGUGACGCCGUCUCUGCCGGGGAUCGGGGAGAUUGUCGUUGCGCACGCGGGGCUGGUGCCGCGGGUUCCGCUGGAGGAGCAGCCCGCGCACGCGGUGAUGCACAUGCGCAGUUUGAGGGCGGCGGAGGGGGGGGCGCUGGUGCCGAUGGAGGAGGCCGGGGAGCAAGGCUGGAUCGCGGAGUGGGAUGCGUGGCAGGACGAGUGUGCGGGAAACGUGAAGACGAUGGUUGUGUUUGGGCACGAUGCCAAGAGGCGGCUGCAGAGGGGCAGGUACGCGCUCGGCCUGGACACUGCGUGUGUGUAUGGGGGCAAGCUGAGCGCUUGGGUGGUCGGGGCGGGCGAGGCGAGGGUUGUGCAGGUUGACUGCGCGGAUGAGGUGGACGAGGUCCGUGGCUCGUGA